AACUAGUUGACGAAUUGACUAACUGUUUGCAAAACUAAGCGAUUUGUCUGUAAUUUCCAGUUCCUCGGACCGAAAUUAAUGGAAAACCGCAAACCAUUCCAGCUAAAGAACACCAUGAUUGCGUACAAUAUGUUCCAAGUUAUAUUUAGCGCGUGGCUAUUCUAUCAAAUCGGUAUGGGCGGAUGGUUUACAGGGGAAUACAGCUUCCGAUGUCAGCCAGUCGAUUACUCAAAUAAACCCAGUACAGUGCGAAUGUUGCACGCCUCAUGGUGGUAUUUCUUUUCGAAAUUCACCGAGUUUUUUGAUACGAUAUUUUUCGUCUUGCGCAAGAAAAAUGACCAUAUCAGCACUCUACACGUUAUCCAUCAUGGAAUUAUGCCCAUGUCGGUCUGGUUUGGGGUGAAAUAUUGUCCAGGUAGGAAAAAUUCACUAUCACCUUCCCCAUGGGCGGAUCCAGCUUUUAAGUCAGG